CCCAUCUGUGACCGUAAACUGGCCAGAAGCUAAAGGACGUCUCUCUCUCUUUUAUCCUGCAAACCAGAGCUUCUCAAGAAAGGAGCCAUGGCUUCAACUCCAUUGUUGGAGUCUCAUGGUAGAAGGAAAGAAGAAGAGGAAAGAUGGUGGAGAAGAUGUCUAGACCUGGAGGAAGCCAAGAACCAGUUCUACUUUGCAAUUCCCAUGAUAUUAACCAACAUGUCAUACUAUGGUAUCACUCUUGUCUCAGUCAUGUUUGCUGGUCAUCUUGGCCAACUUGAGCUUGCUGGCUCCACUCUUGGCAACUCUUGGAGCAUGGUCACUGGCAUAGCACUCAUGACUGGUUUGAGUGGUGCUCUUGAAACUCUAUGUGGUCAAGGAUUUGGUGCUAAGAUGUACAAAAUGCUUGGAAUAUACUUGCAGACAUCAAUCAUUACUUCUACUUUCUUUUGUAUUUUGGUGUCCAUUACGUGGUGUUUUUCUGAGACAAUACUUCUUUGGCUUCACCAAGAUCCACAUGUUUCUAAAAUGGCUGCAGUUUACUUGAAGUAUUUCAUUCCAGGGAUUUUUGCUUAUGGAUACCUGCAGUGUGCUUUGAGAUUUCUGCAGACACAGUCAGUGGUUAUCCCACUAGUGAUUUGUUCUGCAGUUCCCUUGGCUUUGCAUUUUGGUAUUACUUAUCUUUCGGUUUAUGUUCUUGGAUUUGGCUUCAAGGCUGCUUCACUCUCUGCAUCUUUGUCCCUUUGGAUUUCAUUCUUCAUGCUGGCAUGUUAUAUCAAGUUCUCAGAUAAAUUUAGGCACACUUGGGGUGGAUUUUCACUUGAAUCACUCCAUCAUGUUCUUCCAUACAUGAAGUUAGCUCUUCCAUCUGCACUCAUGGUCUGCUUGGAGUAUUGGGCUUUUGAGUUCUUGGUUCUGUUGGCAGGAUUACUACCAGACUCUGAAAACAGCACUUCAUUGCUUGCUAUGUGUGUGAAUACUGAAGCGUUGGCAUUCAUGGUCACAUAUGGAUUUGCUGCAGUUGCUAGCACUCAUGUGUCAAAUGAACUGGGAGCUGGGAACAUUGAGAAAGCAAAGAAUGCAGUUUCUGUGGCGCUAAAACUUGCAGUAGUUCUUGCCUUAACCACUGUUCUGGUGUUGCUCUUUGGUCAUGAUCUUUGGGCUAGCUUUUUCAGUGAUAGUCCUGAAAUUAUUCACAAGUUUGCUUACAUGACUCCCUUGCUUGCAUUCUCUAUGUUAUUUGAUACUGCUCAAGGAGUUCUAUCAGGAGUGGCUAGAGGAUGUGGUUGGCAACACUUGGCAGCAUGGACUAAUCUUGUAACAUUCUAUGGAAUUGGACUCCCUUUAGCUCUUCUAUUUGGAUUUAAGCUUGGAUUUCAGGAUAAGGGAUUGUGGACUGGUUUGAUUUGUGGCCUUGCCUGUCAAGCAUGCACAUUGUUAGUGAUCACUCUCAGGACUAAAUGGAAGAAACUGGACUUGCCUGCGAAUGAUGAAACAUCGCAUAUGAUCGUUUGAUUUCCAUAAUUUUGUUUCUCUUGUUUACUAGUGUUGUAAUCAUUACUGUAUCAGAUUGUUUACAAGUGUUAUAAUCAGCAGAUAUCAAAGAUUUUAAAAUAAAGACCAUGAGAAAGUUUCCGACUAUAUAUACAAAUUACAUUGCCAAGA